AUGUCGAAACGUGGCCCUGACGGUUUCCUAGCUGAUAUGCCGCUGGCGAAACGGAUGCGCCCAGAUGAUGCCAGCAAGCAAGAUCUCCUUUCGAGAUUGAGCGACGAGCUCAUACUUCAUAUCUUGAGCUUUCUCCCCACUCAGUCACUGAGUCUUUGCCAGAGAUUAUCGCGUCGAUUCUAUGGACUCGCGGGCGAUUCAGAGCUAUGGAAGGAAAAAUACUAUGCGCGCUGGGUGUGGCCUCGCGCCCGUCGAAUUCGUCAUCUCAAGGACUCUGGCCUCUCCACCAGACCCGCCGGCUAUACCCCCAGGCCAUCGAGGUGGAUUGGUCAUGAAAACUCGUCCAAAGAUCUGGAGCAUGCAGAUUGGAAGAAACAAUAUCGCCUGCGACAUAACUGGUCCAGGGGAUCUUGUCGAGUCACGGAAGUUGAGGUCGCACAACCUUUCGUCCCGCCAGUGUUAGUGAAGCUCUGUAAGGCGCUGGUAUUUACGGCGGACGCGAGUAACGGGCUUCGCGCAUGGACUACCAGGGAUACGAAAUCAUGCCUGGCUCAACAGCCACUCUUUGAUACAAAAGGAGAAGAGCGAUCUGAUUCCACGCCCACCUCGAUUGCGGUUGCGCCGCGGGACGAUGCGGAAGGCGACUUCGAAGUCACUGUUGGAUUUGAAGAUGGGAGCUACAGCGUCUAUUUUCUGAGCUGCAAUAGCACACGGUUUGAUUUUCAAUUCUCACACCCUGCAUCGUCGAAUGGGGCCAUUACCGCUCUCGCAUCGUCGUCCUCGUACCUCCUUACACUCUCCCAGAAUCAAACCCUAUCUCUCUAUCGUUUCUGUUCCAAACCCCACCCAGAAGGGCAGGAGGUGCAAGCCACGAAGUCACCCAAACUAAUCGCGUCCCUCAAAGCCAACAACGUCUUUGCGCCACUGUCCCUCUCUAUCCGGUCAUUACCAACUGAAAUCGUCGCAUCCAUAGCAUACAGUUUCUCUCGCAUCGGUUGCGGGUGGUCAGUUGGGCUCCAGGAGCUUCGGCUAAAUCAAGAUGGCGAGAGUCUAGGCUCUCAACUUGCGACGACGGUAGAUCCGCAAUUUUGCGCCCACCCCUUAAGCCCGUUGAUGGCAAGGGUAAAUGGCAAAUCGCGAUCGCAAAGAGCUGGCAACAGUGACAAAAACGGAUCCGUCACCUCCUCCUCUGCGUCGCCGUCACUCUCAUACACCCAGGCACCAACAUCACUGUCAUACUGCCAUCCCUAUCUACUCACGUCCCAUGCCGACAACACGUUAACAAUGUACCUGGUUGUGUCCACCUCCAACUCUCUCACGAUUAAAGCCGGUCGCAGGCUUUGGGGCCACACAUCCUCCGUGUCCGGUGUACAGGUCAGUGACCGCGGCAAGGCCGUGUCUGUGAGUUCCUGUGGCGGCGAAAUACGCAUCUGGGAGUUGGAAGAUAUGAUCUCAUCCCAUGCGCAUUCUUCAACUAGAAUGCUGCAGCGGGAUGACAGUGUUCAGAUCAGCCCUGAAAACGAACUCGAGAAUGAAAGCGAUUCUUGGAAACGACAGCGGCGCCUACCGCACCAUCAGAAGCAGCAGCGGCAGUCAAUGGAUCUAGAGUUAGUUUCGGAGGCUAUUGAGAGACGCGGGGAUGGACUGGGGUUGGCUCUUGAAGAUAUGUCGAGGGAAUUGAAAUGGGCGCGCAUGCGAGGGUGGGUAGGGUUUGAUGAUGAGCAGGUUGUUGUCCUCCAUGAGAGGGAGGCGGGGACGCAGUUGCUUGGUUGUUACGAUUUCACGUAG